UCGGCCGGCUUGCUUGCUUGGCCUAAAACUUGGUUCAAAUUUUAAAUUAACAGAGGCUAGUUAUAAAGAAGUGUGUAUUUAAACAACAGUUUAUUGGAAGACAAGUCCUUGUUAAUUUGAAGGAUACAUAUUCAUGUCAAGAUGGCUUCUGCAUCUAAUAUGAGUGAGGAACAGGUUGCAACAUUAAGAGAAGAACUUGUGGAGCUCUUGAAAGCAAACCAACCCCACAUAAACCUUGGUAAUCUUCAGGCACUCUACAGCAAGCAUGUUAAGAAGGAACUUGCCAUCAAGAAAUUUGGCAUUUCCUCGGUUAAACAACUGGUGGCUUUGCUUGGGGACGUGGUAGAAAUUAUCGCUGUCGGAAAAACCCAAUAUCUGAUGUUGAAAAAGUUGCCAGUGGCCACAAAAGCGCAGAAGAAGGGUGGAGCAGGAAAAGUCAACCCAGUUAAAAGCAACACUGCUUCAGCCAAAGACAUCGGAAAUCUGUCAGCAGGGUCAGAGCCCAGCUCCAAGAGAUAUCGAACAGAUCAAUCUUCGGCAGUGGGAAGAGAUACCUCGGUGGACUUAAGGAAGGAUUUGGUGGAAUUGCUUCAGAGUUCACCUGGAGGGCAUAUUGAACUGCACUCCCUGCCAGAAACCUACGAGCGGAAGUACAAGAGAGCCAUGAACCUUGCUGAAUAUGAUAUCGCCACAGUUGACUUGAUUGCUGAUACAUUCAGAGACAUUCUUGAGGUUGUCAGUCAGUGCGAUCACAUCAAGCAUCCACAUAUCCGCAUUAAGCCAGAAGACGCAGCUGCUCAACAAAACAGAGUCGAUGGUAAACGGACCCUGUCUAACAACUUGCGAGAGGAACUGAAAGAGUUGCUUAAAAAUUACCCUGCAGGUUUGAGGCUAGCAACAAUUAACACAAAAUACUCACAAAAGUACCACAAAAAUGCACCCAAGAGGCAGGUGAUAAUAGAUACCUGCAAGGAUGGUUUUGAAUUCUUCAAUAAGUGCAGCAAACCCAGGUGUCGUUUUCUUCAGCUGAAACCAGGUCAUAGCAAGUCUGAUGGUGAUGGGAGAGCAAGCGAUGCUGUCACCUCAGGUCAGCAACUCCCUCCCAUGGUGUUCAACAAUACAGGUUUGGGGUCGACUUCUUUGGGUCUGUUGGGAGCUGCCCCAGAGGUUUAUUAUGGUCCACCCCCAGUAGGGUUUGGAGAAGUUGCAUUUGGAAGAUUUGACAUCAGUGGAUCAGGUUUAUUAGGCGCCUCGCCAGCUGUAGCUGCUGCCUCAGCAGUUCCAUUAAUGGGUCUUGAUGUCGGUGCUGCAACUGAGAAUCCACAUACACAACCUGGACAGCUAGGUCUCCUUGGGCCUGUGGUACAUCAACAAAGACAGGUUCAGCAACAGCAACCACAAAAACUUCCCCUGAAGAAAACUGCAGUUGGUCUUGUGCAACAAGAGCAGAUAAGAAGUGUGCCAAAAGUACAGCCUGUGAAAGAAAGUGGGAAGAGAAGUAAGAAAAACAAAGUUAGUGGCCAGCCUCCAGAGAUUACAUUUGGAAGCUUGGAUGCAACUGAAUUGACUCUGUUACAGCCACGAGACCAAAAACCUAAGCAAAGUGUUGCAAUCAAGCAGGAACAUGUGCAGCAACAAACCCAACCGAAGUGGCCACAGCCGUAUUUGAAGGAACAGCUGCAGGGGCAGCCCCACAAGAUGAAAACAAGUGUCAAACAACUGGACACAAAUCAAUGCAGGGAUGCUGCAGUCCUUAGCUCAAGAGACAAACAACAGGAAUGGUCUGCAUCAACUCAGCAACAGCAGCAGCAGCAGCAGCAGCAGCAGCAACGAAAGAAACCUAGACAGGAAUACCUACCACUGGAUCAGUACCCAUCUCUUUCUUCAUCACGAAGCAGCAGCUCAAAGCAACAAGCUCCUAAACAGAGCACCCUAGAUGAAGUGGCCCAGACCCUUAUUGACAACCUUGCUGCAGCCAAUGAGCUGGUGACAGUGGAAGGCGUGGUGGAACUUCUCAUGCAGCAUUUUCAGGCUGCCAGCUUGCAAAAGCUGGGGCUACGAAACGAGAACCAACUACCAGCCCUGAAGCAGUUGAUGAGGCUCCAGUCCAAAGUCAAUGUCUUCAUCCAGGCAUUUGUCAAAGUCAGGGCCAUAUGUACGCUCCAUGAGCUCAGGGAAUCCCUAGCGAUGGUAGAUGCCCCAACCGGUUCAACAGAGAAGCUUGACUAUGCUGCCCUUCACCUAGGUCCUUUAUCCAAGCAGCCCCUGGUCUAUCAGUUCUUUAAGUUUCCACCAACCAAAGAUGACAGCGAUAUCCCCAAGAUCACUACCAUUGAUGUUUUGGAAGUCCUGAACAGAUUUCUGACUGCCAAAGAUCUGUGGAGGGAUCGUGUCAAGUUGGAGGACUUUAUGGAAUACGUUGUAGAAGAGUAUGAUCUGGAAGGGCCGUAUGACUUGGGCUUGCGAAUCCAGAGUGUUGCUCUUGGCAUUUCAGCCCUCAAGACUGCCAAACGUGAACAGAAAACAACCAUGGACCGGGCUCGUGAAAACAUAAAGACUUCCAUGACUGAAGAGGUGACUGAAGCCAUGGAGAAAAUCCGCAAAGCUGUGAUAUCACCUGCAGACAUUACCGGGCACCAGUUCCCCCCGGGCCCUAUGCUGGAGGUGCGGCGCCGCUACUGCAACGUGACAGCGGCAGAGGCGGUGAACAUGGUGUUUAACAAUGCCUACGAGUUGACUGUCAAUAGCAGACACCUGAAGCAGUUCUGCUUGGCGCUGAAGAGCAUGGUGAUGGACAGGCUCAGCCGGUCGCUGUUCCAGUUGGCUAUUUGUAGUGGUGACCUUAGUCGACCCAGUGACCUUCCAGAGGGGAUUCUGGAUUCUGAAGACGAAGAUGAGGAGGAAAGAGGUCCUGAUGAGGAGGAGAGAAGCCCAGUCAAAUCAAAACCAACUGAAGAUCAAGUCCGCGAAGAGCUGCAGCGUUACCUGGAACGUAUUCAGCAUGGAAAUGUCAAUCUCAGAGACCUUGCCCGCAUCGAGGACAAACUUUGCAAGCAUUUUGACUAUCAGGACUUUGUGUCGCUCAGCCGAGCCAGGAAAACCUUCCUACAGUUCCUUUCACUGGACCAUCCAGAGGUUUUGGAGAGUGUUGGCGGUACCCUGAUGGGGCUGGUAUCCAGCAAUCCCAGCCAGGGGUCCAUCUACAGACCCUCGCGCAUGGAUCUGGUGGAAUUCAUCCGACAGUGCGACCCUUGCAAAGAAUCUCAAGACACCCUGGAUAUCUGCCUGUGUGCCCACUACCAGGUCAGCAGUGUGGAGGAGCUAGGACAUGGACCUGUCAAUCGGCUGAGUCAACAAAUCAUCAAGAUGGCCAAUAAGUUAGGCCAGCAAGAGGAGCAAAAUGCCGUCAUCUACGAGACGGCAUUGUGUGCAUCAAAUAGGCGGAAUGAGAGUAAACGCAAGGAUGUCGGCUUGUUUGGCUCUCAGAGCCUGGAGAGCGCCAUCGCCUGUCUGGCCUCUGCCCCUCUGCUGGAGGAUCUAGCCGAGUGGUCUCAUUGGUCGAUGGUCUUUGAGCCGGAACAUGGAAACCUGAAAGCAUUUCUGGAACGAAAUCCUGGUCAAAGUGUGUCGCCACCAAUAGAAAUCAAUGCCUUGGAGGUCCGACCAGGAGUCCUGCUCCGAUUGGCUGCAGAGACGUCACCUGACCUGUUUGCCGCAGCCGCAAAGGGCGGUGACAGCAUCACAGCCAGUGGUCAUCUUGUCUCUUUGGUGGCCAAGGAGGGCCCUGGCAACACCCCCCUGGCAUUGCUUAGCAACCACAUGGAGACGGCUCUGAAUGUUCUGGCCGUUGAGUCUGAGGGAGAUGAGAUGAAACACUGCACUGUGAUUGGUUUUGUGCUGGACUGCCUACUGGCUGUGCCCCUUCUCAUUGGACAGACAGUUGUUAGGCAGGUCAUCUUAAAUCCCCUGACAACCGUCAUUGGGUCAGAGGUCAAAUCAAGACAGUUGAUUCUCAAGGCCUGCCGCACUUCCACCCAGAGGACAAAAAUCCAGAGGCUGGGGCUCCUGCUAGGCAUUAGCCAAUGGAAAAACAGCUUCACAGAGGAAAGGAUGCCCCGGAACAUGGAUAAGGAGGAAGACUUUGAAGAGGACUUCUUUGGAAAUGAGGAAGAGUUUGACUUUAGUAACUUGCUUGGGAUUCACAAAGCUCCAAAAACUACCGAGCCAGCAGAAAGCUCUUCAACCGCAGAGGUCAGUCCCAUUGACACACCAUCCCUUCAAGAUGCUGAAGAGCUUUCCCAGACAUCGCUGGAAAAAGAUGAGCAGAGGGGAGAUGCCCAAGAAGUCCUUGAAGAGGAGGAGACAAACGAACAGUUUGAAGAUGAAUUUGGCAUGAUCAUUGAAGCAAGUGAUGAGGAUGAUGAGAAAAAUAUGGAAGUUCAAGAGGACAUAUGUGAAAGAGAAGGUGAUGCUGAUGACUCUCAAGCAGUGGGCACAGGAGAGGAUAUCUCCUCCCAUGACGAGUGUUUGGAUGCAGAUGCUAAGCCCCUUAACGAAGAAACAAUCAAGACCGAGGACGAAGUGGAACCGGAGCCUGACCUGACGCCAUUCCAGCGCGACGUGCUGGACUGCCGGGCAGUGAUCCACAGCAUCUGCCGAGAGGAGUUCGGCGUGGGAGUGGAGCUGGACGAGCAGACCCAACGACUGAUGGACCGGCAGCGGGAACGCAUCGGUCGCAGCCUCAAACGACUCUCUGAGGAGCUGUACAGCAAGGACACCCACUUUGUCCUGGAGCUGAUCCAGAACGCUGACGACAAUGAGUAUGAGGCUGGGGUCGAGCCUUCCUUAAUAUUCCUGGUGGACAGGUCUGAGGUGACUGUCUUGAACAACGAGGUUGGGUUCUCAGAGAGCAACAUCCGGGCUCUCUGUGAUGUUGGGAGGAGCACCAAAGGAAAACACAAGAGAGGAUACAUCGGUCACAAGGGCAUUGGAUUCAAAUCAGUGUUCAGAGUGACCGACAAACCUGAGAUCACGUCCAAGGGCUAUCAUGUGUGCUUCGAUCAGAGUUCCGAUCAGAUGGGAUACAUCUUGCCGACCUGGGUAGGGCCUGAAGAGAUCCAGGAUGUUGCCCAGAUGGAGGAACCUCGCAAGCCCUGGACCACCCGGAUCACCCUGCCGUUGAAGGGAGACUUCCAGCGAACCACCAGCCUGGUCAACAAGUUUGAGGAUGUCCAGCCAUCCCUACUGCUGUUCCUAAACAGACUACGAUCAAUUGUCAUCGUUAACAAGGAAGAAAACACGACAAGCCACAUGAGCAGAAGAGAUAAAGGAGGCAACGUUGUGGAGAUCCGCCACUCCAAAACCACUGACAGCUGGCUGCUCAUCAAGAAAUGCUUGGAUGCUACUAAGUUACAGCGAGUGGGCAUUGAAUCGACAGAGUUGGGUCUAGCCUUCCCUCUGUCUGACGGCAUGUCCAGCGAGCAGAACGUCUUUGCUUUCUUGCCACUGAGGAGCUAUGGUUUCCGCUUCAUCAUUCAAGGCGACUUUGACAUCCCAUCAUCUCGGGAGGACGUGGAUGCUGACUCUGCCUGGAACCAGUGGCUCUUGCGGGAGAUUGCGCCGCUCUUCAUCGAUGCCCUGGAAAACUUCAAGGCGCACUACGACGGCAAUCCCGUCCAUGCCGUCUGCCAAUUCCUCAAGUUCGUUCCUAUGGAGAGUCAGAUUCUGACGGACUUCUUCCGGAAGGUGGCCACCAACAUCCACCAGAGACUGAAGGCCACACCCUGUAUGCCGGUACUCACUGGCCAAGGAGAAGAUGAUGUUUGUUGGAAGUUGCCAUCAGAGACCCUCACGUGUCCAGACCGUAGCGUCCGGGAGUUGGUCUGUGAGUUAGUUCCAGAGGACACCUUGCGAGAGCAUCUGAGCUGCUCCUACCUACAUCCGCACGUGGCGAGCGCCGUCAGUGAGGUGUUACUCAAGAGUCUGGGAGUCAAGGUGCUACAGAUGGCGGAGCUGAUGAACAUCCUGAGCAGUGUGGCACGGGCAGCUAAACAGACAGAGGAACCGUUGUCUCCUAAAACUGUGGCACAAUGGCUGACCUGUAUCUAUCGUAGCCGCGACAAAUAUGACGUAUCCCAGGGAACACUGGACCAGCUACGAUCCAUUCCCAUGAUCCCACUGUCAUCAGGACGGGUUGUCACCAUGGAGGAGGGCAGCGUGUUCUUCCCUAUCAGUGAGGAAGAAAGGACCGACCAAUCACAAGGCCAGAUGCCAUCAGCUCACAGCCAACCCUUGCAGGCCUUGGAGGAGGACAUGUGUACCUUAGACGGCCGAGUCCUAACCAGCCUGGACAGCGUGGCCAACUCCCAGGUGGUGCAGCUGCUUGAGGAGCUAGGAGUCCUUCGCAUCAGCCCCAGGGAUGUGAUUGGCCACCACAUACUGCCGGUCAUCCAAUCCGAUCAGUGGAAGGACAAAUCUCGUGAUGUUCUGGUCGGCUACGUAGUGUACAUCAAAGAACAGCUAGCCAGGCAGCCGGAUGUCUGUGACUUGGAUAAGAUAGCAGACUGCAUCCACGUUGUGACCAACCACGGACUGAUCCAACCCAGGGAGAGACCUGUUCACUUCACUGUGACGUAUGGCAACCCUGUUGACCUUAAUCAAGCCCUGCCAGGCUGUGAUUGGGUUCUGUUGAACAGUUGCUACAUCUUCCACAAUGGGCCUCAUAGAGUCCAGCCCAGUGAGGCUGUAUCAUGGAAUGCUUUCUUCAGUAAGCUAGGGGUACUGAACUUCCUAGCUGUUGAGAAGAAAGUACUGACUGUGAAGGUGGAGGAACUGGAUGUGACACCCUGGGCAGAUCUUGGCCAAUUCUGGGAGAAACCAGCAGAUGGUGUCUACAAAAUCCAUGAUAAUGCCUGCAAAGAGUUUGAAGAGUUGGUCCAAGCCAAUCUGGAAAUGUCUACCAUACAAAGUCAGCGACGGUGCCUUCUUGAGAUUCUCAACCACGAAUGGAGCAGAUACUAUCCUGCUUCCAUGGGGGCUGAAGUGUUUGAUCAGUCUGGGACAAAACUUGCUAGCACUGAGUCCAGCUUUGCAAUCCACCUGAAGACAAGCCCUUGGCUGCCUUCAACUCCGAUCAGAGAGGACAAUGCAGGUCAGGAGGUGUUUCGAAGGCCUAAUGACGUCUUCAUCAGUUCAGGUAGAGCCAGGGAACUCCUUUGUGAUCAUGUUCCAUACUUGGAUGCCCCUGUCCAAGGGGAUGGAGGCCCCAUGCUACAAUUCAUUGGAUUGAAUUCCCUUGGAGUAGUUGAUGUCAACUUCAUGAUUUCAAAGCUGAAGUGUUGGUGUGGUGAUGAGGGCCAGUCUCCAGAUCUUACAUCCGAAACCCCCUUCUGCACCUCCUUGGGUCACAUCAUCAGGGUGUACCAUUACUUGGAGCAGAACUGCCGUCCCCAGGAGCUCAAAGAAUUAUUCAGUGAUCAGAGAGUUGUGUUUGUCCCUCAUCAGAAGGCCUUAUACGAGUUCCCUGUUCCUGGCCACUUUGUCCACAAGUCUCUGGUUUACUGGUGGGAUCCUUCAAGUCUCUUACGGAAGUAUGCCAACUUGUCCAACCGUGCUGAGCUGUGUACACUUUACCCCCAAAACAUGGAGGACUUCUUUCUGAGACAGAUCAAUAUUGACAAAAUGCCGACCAUCAAAGAAUAUGCCCAGGUCCUGGUGCAUUGCGCUGGGGAUAUUUCACUUCCAGACAAUGGUCGCAUCAAGGAAGAAGUCUUGGUGCUCUACAGCAUGCUUGGGCGAAAGUGCUCUGCGUUAAGCUCAACUGGACAUAGCCAGUAUUUGGAUCAACAUGCAGCUGGAUCGGUGCAGCAGGAACCAGAAUUUGAGUCGAGUUCUGUCCAGUUCUUGAAAAGCAUCCUUGAGGGGCAAGCUAUCUUUCCCACUUUGGGCAACAAGUGGGUGACGGCGAAGGAGAAGCCCCUGAUCUGUGGCAGCCGUUCUUCGGACAUCCAGAAGCUCUUCUUGGACAAGAAGGGGGUGCAUCUGUUGAAUUUUGGAGAUCGGAAUCGUCUUGGCCAAGUUGUUGAAGGUUUGUCUGGAUCAGUGGGCCAACAAUAUGUGGAUGUUUUCCUCAAGGCAUGUGGUAUCGAGAUGCUGUUGGACUGCAUCAAAGAAGAAUUCAUCAGCGAACUCACAAAGCCAUCUCUCCAACUUCAGCUUUUCCUCCAUGAUGUCUGCCCCUACAUCCAGCUCUACAUGAGCAUGCAGCGCAGUGUCAAAAAGGAGUUUAAAUCCACCUACGAGAAACUUACAACAGAGGUAAACAUCGCUGCCAAGUUGAAAGUCAUGCGCUUCAUGUCAGCCCAAAAGAUUGACAAGGUCUACCGUUUCACACAUGACCCCAGUGUGUUUGCAGAGCAGAGCGUUGAGUGUGGACUCCAGGAGCUGACAGAGUUCUACAUAGUGACAGGCAUCUCCAAGAAUCUGCGACAGAACAGCAAUGUAAGGCGAGAGGUGGCCAAACUCUUCAGCUGCGAGAGCACUGAGGUCCAAGAAGCAUUGUUCAGUUUCAUCGGCAGUCUGCUCCUGGAGAUGGGGUCCAAGCGGGAAGAAUCCGGAGAGAAAGGAAUCAAUGAGGGCAUUUGCAAGGCCUUAGGGCUGACCUUCCCUCUAGAGGACGAUAAUGAACCAUGGGAGGUACCCAAACCAUUCAUCCCAGAGGAAGUUGUUGUCAAACCGACCAAAGUCAAGCCACUGACUGAACCCACUAUGCCACAGCCGUCAGCCAGUUCACUGCUUGAGGGUGAUGACGAUUCAGCUAUCCACAGCUGGCCACCUCGGUCAGGGACCUAUGGCCCACAAAAAUCAACAAAAGCUGGUGGCCAGCCCAAGAAUGAAGAAGCUGUCCUUAAGAUGUGGCCUCCACCCCAGCCAUUAAUUGGUGCUCAUCAAGCUGCCCCCUUUCCACUGGGUCCUCCGCAACCUAGUGAAGGCAUGUCACAUGAAGGCACUGCAAUUACUCAAGGGAUGCCGCACUACCAGAGGAGCCAAGAUGACCUUGUUGUAGUGCGGACCUCAGGAGCCAUUGGAGGAGGGGAGGUACCCUAUCCAGGACAGGUAGUUGGACAAGGUGGAAGCAGAGAAGGCAUUGGUCCCCCUCACCUUCACCAACCAUAUGCAGGAGGCCCAGUACAGCCCAGACCUGCCCAGGCACAGCAGGAAGCAUUGUCUCCUAAUGAAUCCCCAAGUAAUCCCACACAGUUAGCUAAAAACGUGGAGGAGCUCGGUUCAACAGAGGAGGAUUCCUGGAAGAGUGCAUCCGAGGAAUCAGGAGAGGAGAAAGAUGAUAAUUGCAAUGGAAAUGAUACUGAGGAAGGCAUUCCAGCACCAGAGAGGGUCAACGAAGAGUUUCACAGUCCGCCCCAAGUCCAGCGUUCAGCAGCCCUACCUCCUCCCUCCACCGGCAGCGUCAAGAAAUUCUUCUUACCGCCUCAUGCCGAGGGCGAGGCCAUUGAGGUGGAAUUUGAAGAUCUUGCUCCUGGUCCAGCCCUUGUGGAAAGCCUGGAAGGUCUCAGCCUACCUCUCGGAGACAACCCAGACACGUCGGAUAUCGCACGCUGGGGAGAGCAGCUGGUGUAUCUCUACCUGCGACAACAGGCUCAGAGUAUGUCACUAGAAGCGUCAGAGGUUACAGUCAGGUGGAUCAACCAGCAGGAUGAGACAGGGGAGCCGUAUGACAUCGUCAUCAGCCACGGCACCCAGAACAUCUACGUGGAGGUGAAGUCAACAAUCAGGGACCAGAAGCAGGUUGUGGAGAUAUCACCCAGGGAGGUGGCCUUUGCUCUGGAGAUGGGUCAGGCCUUCCACCUGUACCGGGUGUUUAGUGCCGGGAACAACAGUGGGGUGAGGCUGUGUCGUCUGCAAAACCUAGCCCUCAGGAUGGACAGGAAAGAAGUCAAACUCUUCAUGUACCUGUGAUGAGCAGACAUACAAAAGUGGGGGAGGGGGCUCAUUCCCUCUAAAUGUCUAGUGCCCAGGUGCCUCUCCCCUGAAAAAGUCAAAUUGCCCCAGCCAACCAAGACAAAAUGUGGUCUUCGAUCAGAUGGUCAAAUGUUCCUCGAUAGAAAAAUCCAGAAUACACUCCAGGCCAUUAUGUGGCCACUCCAUCUACCCUCAUUACAAAUUAAUAACGAACUAAACUGCUGCAAACUGCUUACUGACUGGAUUGACAUGAAGCUGGUCUAACGUUUCAGUCUUUAGCGAGACCUUUCUCAAAUGCAAGUUACCGUGGUACAGACACAAACAUGUAGGGGACACAUAAGCAUCACAAAAUUAUUGUUAUCAGAGAAACUAUGUAUUAUUUGCUCUGCCUGAGCAAAACAUAAAUUUGAAACAGCUCCCAAAUAAUUGCAAUCAAUUAAGACAUUCCAAUGUUAGUAGUAGAAAUGUAUUUAUGAAAUGGUGGUUUGAAGGAUCAGUUUUUCCAUUUUUUUGGGGGGGGGGUACCACCAGAGGUCUUUCAAUAGUGUACAGGUCUUAUGGGUUAAAGUUUGCGACUUGUGAUUGGAGGGUCCGGGGUUCAAAUCCAACUGGCCAUUAUAAUACUGUGCCCUGGUACUAUACUGUGCCUAGGCACUUCAGCCUCGAGUGGUUCUCUCCACCCUGGAGAAUAAAUGCGUACCAUCACUAAAUGUUAUUUGGCUUAUUUGAUGUGUAUUUUCAUAUUUUUAUACAAGAAAGUCGUUGGUAGAUAAAAAAUGGGUUUGUAGUUGAAAGCUUAUGUUUAGUUUUGGCAUGGUGUUCUAAAGACCGCUUGUCCAUGUCAUAAGUUUGAAACAGUGGAAUCUAGUAACGGAAUAUGCUCAUUAUUUUAGUCCAGGACUUACAAUUUUAUAUUUUUUCAUUGUAUUUUCAAUCAAGUAUCAAAUACUAAAAAUAAUGAAGUUUAAUUCAUAAAUAAAACGGCAUGUAAUAUUUUCAUUGGUAACAUACAUAUACUUUUCCAUAUAAAUUGGUAAACGUCUAUAAAUA